AUGGCAUAUUCUGAACAAGGGGAGGGGCAUGUUGAGCAGACUGAGUGGAGAAACCACCUGGUGGUGGCUCAUGAGAAGGUGUUAGCGGGAGUAGAGGAUAUUACUGGCCCCAUGCAGAACUGUGCAUUGAAACUUUUCUUAAACCACUAUCCAGAAUGCUCCUGCCCCUAUGCACCCUUCAGAAAGCUCGUGCGGGUCCCGCAGGUACUCAGGGCCGCACCCACGGAUGAACUUGGCUGUGCCGACUCAGGAUGCUUGGCUACAUGGAAUAGCCCAGACAAGCCCCGGGCCGGAAGUGCUCUUUCUCAGCUUCCGGUGUGGGUUGCCGGGAGGCGGGCUGGAGUCGUGGGACUACAUUUCCCAGAAGCGCCUUGGCCGACGUUGGCCGGGACUCCGAGAACUCCUUUCGGUGCGCUCUUGAUAGUUCGGCCGCCCGGGGGUGAGUUUGGCGGUCGCAACCUAGAAAGAAGCCGGAGCCUUGGACUCUCUGGUUUCUGUACUUCUCCGGUGGAGGAAGCCCAAGGAAAACUAACAAGUUCUUGCAGUUCUAAAACCAUGGCCCACGUGUCCUUGACAUUCAGGGAUGUUGCCAUAGACCUCUCCCAAGAGGAAUGGGAAUACCUGGACCCUACACAGAGGGACUUGUACAGGGAUGUGAUGUUGGAAAACUACAGUAACCUGGUCUCACUGGGAUGUACCGUUCCUAAGCCAGAUGUGAUUACUUUAUUGGAGCAAGAGAAAGAGCCCUGGAUAGUAUUGAGGGAAGGGACAACGAGUUGGUACACAGAUUUGGAAUAUGUCACCCAGAAGUUAUUUCCAGAAAAGGAUGUUUGUGAAAUAUAUUUAUCUCAAUUACAGACAGUAGGAAAAAGUAAAACCUCCAUCCAUGAGGACACCAUUUUCAGAAAUGGUUUGCAGUGCAAACAUGAAUUUGAGAGACAAGAAGGACAUCAGAUGGAAUGCAUUAGUAAAAUGUUAAUCCAAAACCAGAUAUCUCUUCCUCUACAUCAUAAAAUCCAUACUAGAGAGAAAUUAUAUGAAUGUAAGCAAUGUAGCAAGGCCUUUAGACAACAGUCCUACCUUGUUCAGCAUUUGAGAAUUCACACUGGGGAGAGACCCUAUAAAUGUAUGGAAUGUGGAAAGGCCUUUUGUCGAGUGGGAGACCUUAGAGUACAUCAGACAAUCCAUGCUGGGGAGCGACCCUAUGGAUGUAAAGAAUGUGGGAAGGCCUUUAGACUUCAUUACCACCUUACUGAACAUCAGAGAAUACAUUCUGGUGUGAAACCCUAUGAGUGUAAGGAAUGUGGGAAGGCCUUUAGUCGUGUUAGAGACCUUAGAGUCCAUCAGACAAUUCAUGCUGGGGAAAGACCUUAUGGAUGUAAAGAAUGUGGGAAGGCCUUUAGACUUCAUUAUCAACUUACCGAACAUCAAAGAAUUCAUACUGGUGAGAGGCCUUAUGAAUGCAAGGUUUGUGGAAAGACCUUUAGGGUGCAACGACAUAUCAGUCAACACCAGAAAAUUCAUACUGGUAUAAAACCCUAUAAAUGUAAUGCAUGUGGGAAGGCCUUUAGUCAUGGCUCAUACCUUGUUCAACAUCAGAAAAUUCAUACUGGUGAGAAACCCUAUGAAUGUAAAGAAUGUGGUAAGUCUUUUAGUUUUCAUGCAGAACUUAUUCGACAUCAUAGAAUUCAUACUGGUGAGAAACCCUAUGAAUGUAAAGAAUGUGGAAAAGCAUUUCGUCUUCAAACAGAACUUACUCGGCAUCAUAGAAUUCAUACUGGCGAGAAGCCCUAUGAAUGUAAGGAAUGUGGGAAGGCCUUUAUUUGUGGCUAUCAACUUACUUUACAUCUGAGAACUCAUACCGGCGAGAUUCCCUAUGAAUGUAAGGAAUGUGGGAAAACCUUCAGUGGUCGCUAUCAUCUUACUCAACACUACAGAAUUCAUACUGGUGAGAAACCCUACAUAUGUAAUGAGUGUGGGAAAGCCUUUCGUCUUCAAGCAGAACUUACUCGACAUCACAGAAUUCAUACUUGUGAGAAGCCCUAUGAAUGUAAGGAAUGUGGGAAGUCUUUUAUUCGGAGCAAUCAACUUAUUUCACACCAGAGAAUUCACACCAAUGAGAACACCUAUGAAUGUAAAGAAUGUGGGAAGAUUUUUAGUCGUCGCUAUAAUCUUACUCAACAUUAUAAAAUUCAUACUGGUGAGAAGCCCUACAUAUGUAAUGAGUGUGGGAAAGCCUUUCGCUUUCAAACAGAACUUACUCAACAUCACAGAAUUCAUACUGGUGAAAAACCCUAUAAAUGUCUGGAGUGUGGGAAAGCCUUUAUUCGUAGCAAUCAUCUUGCUCAACAUCAUAGAAUUCAUACUGGGGAGAAACCCUACAAAUGUAAGGAAUGUGGAAAGACCUUUAGUCGUCACUAUCAUCUUACUCAACAUCACAGAAUCCAUACUGGUGAGAAACCCUACAUAUGUAAUGAAUGUGGGAAUGCUUUUAUUUGUAGUUAUCAACUUACCUUACAUCAAAGAACUCACACUGGUGAGAUUCCAUAUGAAUGUAAGGUUUGUGGAAAGACCUUUAGUCGUCGGUACCAUCUUACUCAACAUUUUAGACUUCAUACUGGUGAGAAACCUUAUGGCUGUAAAGAAUGUGGGAAUGCAUUUCGUCUUCAAGCAGAACUCACUCGACAUCACACAAUUCAUACUGGUGAGAAACCCUAUAAAUGUAAAGAAUGUGGGAAGGCUUUUAGUGUUAAUUCAGAACUUACUCGACAUCACAGAAUUCAUACAGGUGAAAAACCCUAUAAGUGUAAAGAAUGUGGGAAAGCCUUUAUUCGUAGUGAUCAACUUACUUUACAUCAGAGAAAUCAUAUUAGUGAGGAAACCCUAUUCAUAAUGUAAAGAGAACGUGAUGGUCUUUAGAAAAUGCCUUUUGCUUGAAAUGCGUUGAAAAAGAAAAAAAAAGCCUUUUGCAACAGCAGAGAAUUUAUAAUUUAAGAAAGUUUUUAUUUGUUUUGCUUCAUGCCCACAAUUUAACAUAUGGUUUUACAUGUUCUUUUAAAGAGCAGAAAACUGUAGCAUCACUCAGUUCUGGUUAAUCUUAAGCAGAUUGAUACUGAUACAGUGUAUCCCAAACCAUCAAGGACCUCUUCCCUUACAAAAUGUUGAGCAAUGUUUCAAUAAUAGUGGAUUACCAGUAAUUUUAAAAAUUGUAUUUAACUGACAUAAAUUAGCUCUGUUCAAUUGCUAUAAAAGUUUCUAAAUACUUGCUUUCAGUAUUUGUAACUUAACUCAUUGCAGAUCAGAAACAAAUAAUUUGUGGACCAUUGUCAGCAUGUGGAUCACACUUUAUAUAACACUGUAACAGAAAAUG